UUGUGGGCGUGUCUCAGUGAGAGGGAACGCCUAAACUGCGGUUGUGUGAACAGCAGCAUUCAACUCCCAGUCUAACGGCCUCUGCUGUAACCGCUGUCUGCUUCUCUGUACACGGGGUGGGUGUGUUUGUAGACACCGCAGCCAUGGCUACCGUCUCUUCUCUGUUCAGUGUCACGAAGAGUGUGCUGCUGCUGUUCCUGCUGCUGUCGCCGCUGCUAGUCCUGUCUCAGGAUCCAUUUGACCUGUCUGAUGCUCUGGGUGGUGGUGAUGACAGUAAACCAGCAACAUCUGCACCCAAACCAGCAAAACCAGCAGGAGGAGAAGGAGGAGGAGGAGAUUUUGAUUUGCGGGAUUUAUUUAAAGACAGUGUCACCACUACCACCAAAUCUCCACCCAAGGUCCCUUCAAGUACAAAAGCUCCAGUCAAACCAAAACCCAAACCCAAACCAGCUGAUGAUGACCUGAACCUGGCUGAUGCCUUAGAUCCUAACAAUGACAUUGGUGGCAAAGACAAGAACAAAGGGCAGGGAGGUGGAUUUUCUGACACUGAUCUGAUUGAUGUUGGUAAAGAUGACACCUACAAGCCUGACAAAGGCAAAGGUGGACACUCACGUGGCGACAGUGAUCUGAUUAACCAUCAUGAUGACAACAGCGAGACCACAGCGGAGGUGGGCACCAUUGCAGGGAUUGUUAGUGCCGUUGCCAUGGCACUGAUGGGUGCCAUCACCAGUUACAUCUCUUAUCAGAAGAAGAAGCUGUGCUUCAGCAUCCAGCAGAGCCUGAACACUGAUAUGGUGAAGGCUGAGAACCCUGACGCUGUGGUGGCUACAGAACCACAAGUCCAGCAGACUCUACUGGAAUCUUCUAACGCUGAGCCUCCCACUGAAGAGAACGCUGUGUAAACACAUACACAGCAACAUCAAAGGUCACACACACCUAAAUCCACCACCCCUCUACACACACACACACACACACACACACACACACACUCACUCACACACAGACACACAUGGCUAUGCUACAGUGUGUUAUGCAGCAUGCUCCACAUUUAUCCUGCACCUCUGCUGCCAGGAGUUGUAGUUCUUGUAAACUGACUGUGAACACGGAUGUUUUCUAUGUUCUCCUGUAAACUUGGCCAACAGUGUAUCAGCAGUUGCCAAAUGUAUGUGUAUAUAGUCAUGUUUUGUUUACUUUUUAACCACACUGUUCGUUUACAGUUGCCCAGCAUGUGAUUUCUCUGCUCAAGCAUCAGACACUGUUGGGACAGGAAGAAAAUGGGAAAAACUGGAAUGAGCAUUGUCGAUGUGAAUUAAGAUUGUGUGUUCAUCAGUGAGUGCACAAACAGGGGGCGCUGUGCAUACUGUUUCUCCCUCUCCCUUAUAACUUAUUAUUUGUGUCAAAACAAUAACAUCACAGAAUGUGUCUGUGAAUGAAGAACAUUUAAGUGAGGUCCGAACAAUUCUAAAGCUGCAAUCAACGAUUGUUUUAGAAUUGAUUCAUCGGUUGCUAUUUUGUCAGAUAAUGGAUUAGUUGUUUGGUCUAUAAAAGAUCAGAAAACUGUGAAUAAUGUCAAUAAGUGUUUUCAAAACCUCAAAAACAACAAUGUCCUCUAAUGUCAAACCUAGAUACUCAGUUUUUCUGUGUUCUUAGGUUUAGAUAAUCAAAGAAAAUCAGAUAUUAAUCACAUUCAAGGAGUUGAACAAUCAGAGAACAGAUUUUUAUUUAAAAACAAAAUAAAACUUGAUUAUUUGA